UGUCUAUCAUUAAAGGCAAUAGUUUCGUGUUCCUAUUUCCUGUUGAUAUCUGUACCCUUUUAUUUGGAAACAGUUUUGAAAAAAACUUCAUGUUGUUGGUUUGAUUUGGCCUAAAAUAUGUGGUUUGUAUUCUUAAUUGAUGGUAGGCGAGCUCGCAUUACUGGCUACUACUGUUAAUACUAGGACCUUAUUCUCGCCAUCACACAACACUCUGGUAGAUGUCACACUGGGGCCCCUGUGUGUAUCACUCUACACACUGAUCUCAUUCAGACGGAAGGCUUCAUCACCGGCUCACGAGAUAUAUAACACCAUGGUUUGGCGGCCAUUCCUACGCCAUUUGACCCAGUCCAGUCUCCGCCUGAAUGACCAGUGUGGGCGACUCAACAGUACGUGGACUGUCGGGAUCCUUGUUCUGUGUUCUUUGCUGACCUUGUACAUCCACAUGGCGUACGACCCCGUCACCUGUUGGACACCAGCUCAUUUUACAUCACAAACAGUAAAAUAUACCAAUAAGAUUUGCUGGGAAAGCUCCGCAUAUUAUCUGAGGAAUGAUGACGUAAAUAACAACAAUGAACCAUUGGAUAGCAAUCCUUCACCAAUGACGAAACCGCCGUAUCGCUGGAUACCGCUCAUUCUUCUCGUACAGGCAUUGUUGUUCAAGCUUCCUGACAUUGUCCUGUCAGUAGGACAGGGCCUUGUGGGGUUCCGAUUUACGAAGAUUUUGGGACUUACAGACGGUUACGAGACCCUUAACAUGGCUGACCGAGCACAAAUGGGGAGACAAGUAGGACGGUACGUGAAGAGCUGGAUUGAUUCCACUGUGUUGAAGGGAUGUCCGUGGGGAUGGCUUACUCUGCUGUUUCUGUUCACAAAGCUUCUUUACUUCAUCAACGUCAUCACACAAUUAUCUAUCAUGAAUGUUGUUCUGAAGGCAGAAAACCAGACUUCAUUUGUACAGCAAUUGGCCGAAGAUAUUUCGAGCAAUGAAACAUUGACUUGGCGAACCAUAGACCCUAAAUUUCUAAAAGUGUUCCUAUGUGAUUACUCUAUCCGGCAAAUAACAAAUACGAUUCGUUUUUCUGUUCAGUGCACGUUCAACAAUAUCACGUACUACGAGAUGAUGUUUGGGUUCCUUUGGGUGUGGCUAAUGAUCGUGUGUGUCAUUACUGGCCUUAGUGGUCUCUUCCAUCUGAUUUUGGCUCUGGUACCCGUAUUUCGGAGAAGAUUUGUCAAGAGUUAUCUGUACCUGUCUGAGGAAGUGGCGCCUUCUCCUUCCGACAACGACAUUGCCUGGUUUGCAGGUUCAGAGAUAACGGAGGACGGCGUAUGUAUAUUGAAGGAGAUCGGCGAGGCGUCGUCUGAACACCUAGUCAGGGAUGUAGUCCUCUAUAUGUGGUCUACCACACACGCUCAACAGAUUGAAGGGACUAGAAAUCAAUGCGUGUAUCCGCCAAACGGUAACUAUGGUAGCACACCAGAAACUCACCAAUUGCAAGAGUUCCCUCAUCAGCCAACACGUGUGGGUGUCUACCAUCAUGUUAAUGACUGAGGGCUGAAUCAGUGUAUUUAAACACUGUCUCUUCUCUUGUUGACUGAUACGUCAUGUCAAUCAUAUACAGUGAACUUCAGUAUUUGGACGUUCCCUUUACAUCUUUACUUUCUUGAUGUUUGUUCUGUACAUGAAUCUACCAACUGACAAAAAAAUUGCCAUUAGACCGUGAAUACGCUAUGAAUACAACGAUUAUCGUGCAACCGGUCAGCUGAUUUCACACACAUACAAAUCAUAUUACUACGCAUAGUACCGUUUCUAAGAAGGGUCAUCUCCCCUUCUCCGAGAAAACCUAUUUGCGAAAAUAAUAAUAAACUAACAAAAAUCAUAAAUGGUGCACCAUUGUACUAUGAUUAUUUUAAUAUGAAAUUAAAAACAAAAAAUAUAACAUGUUCAUAUUAAAUACUGACUUCCGAUUCGCAAUCGGUUCCUCGUGGUCACAAACCUUUUAACACCCACACGUCCGGCUGGGUAAUCCCCAUGAUAUCAACUCGCACAUUAAACUCAGAGAACUUUGUAUUGGCACAAGGCACUGCAUCCUUCAAUUUAUCAUCAUUUGUAUCUGCAGGUUUUUUGGCGAAAAGUAAAUCAACGGCUGUAAAUUUAACUUCAAAUGAGCUCUCUGCCUACCGCUGACGGGUGUCCUGGGUGGUUACUAUGGUGACCGAUGAUUUGAAAUAGUGCGGACAUAAACUUUUUUAAAUAUAUAAUAUGCGGUGUUUAAUGCAAAAACAACCACACCAAAUAAGAUCGACUUUCAAAAAUGAAAUGAAUAUCAAGUGUUGGUUAAUAUUAGGUAAAUAUGUAUUUUUUGUUUCAACAAAAAUCAGCUGGUCGGCGGAAGUUGAAGUUUGAAGUUUGUGUGUAGGCUGCAGUUCUGGCUGUUCCUUUUUUAUGGUUUUCUGUCCGAUACUAAUAUCAAAACUAAUAAAUUUACAAAAAGUGUUGUAACGUGCUAUUCAUUGCCGCAAUUUACAUGAAUGAACAAAAAUUCCAUUCAAUCCCUAUAUGCGACUGGCCGAAUUCUGGGAUUUUCGAGAUACACAGAUACAAUUUAUAACGAGAUGUACACACACGCUCAACAGUUUGAAGGGACUAGAAGCCAGUAGAUUUACCAUCCACGCAGUCACACUCAAGAAGUUCAACAAAUGCAAGAGAUCCACGGUCAUUCCACAAAUGAGGGUGUCUACUAUCCUAUAAAAGGCUGAGCACAGAGCCAUUGCGUCUUCCGCUGACUGACUCUUGCCGAUCAUAAACAGUUAACGUAUGCGUUAGAAUGUUUCUUCGUAAAGCGAAAGACCGAAAAAUGAACUUUGUGAUAAACAAAUGCCCAAUGUAUAACAAAACGUCAUUAAUACCACAUUGAAUUAAGGGUAAUUGCAUGUAUUAAGCUCCGAGAUUGAUAUAAAGGCUAGAUAUUUUGUCGUGUUAUGUAACAUUUUAUAUGUAUUAGCCGCUAGUCCACUUAACAGUAUAUAUACAUGUAAUCAAUUAUUACCAUUUGUCUGAUACUUUCUGUAAAUAAAGUAAUAUUUCUUAUCACAAAUCAUGCUCUUCUGCUCAGUAAACAUAGGAUAUAGUACUGAUGUUUGAGCAAAACACCCAACAUAUCUUUAACUUCUAACCAUUCCAUAGCUAGUGUGGUAAGCAUUCUAAUAAGCAACCUUAUGAGACGAACUAUCAAUUUGAACAUUUAGAACACGCUCUACAUUACGUCCAUUACGGCGUGUUCAUAAUUCAUUCUGUCCUUGUGGUGAGGUAUGAACAACGUCAUUAAAGCAUAAAGGAUAAAAUCUCAAAGAAAACCAAAGCGUUCUCUGCAGCAUGUGAGUACGAUAACAGACGUGGUGAUUAGUGGAAGUGGAUUAUGCUGGAUACAAUCAAUGACAACUUACCUUAUAGAUGUUCUCGUCAAAGGCACAUGCAAAGCCCGACACAAGACGCAGCAGUGUUGCCAGGUAUUCAGAGUCCGAUAUCAAAGCAUGUAGGUAAGGAUGAAAAUUAUUGUCAAAGAAAUAGGUUAUUUGAUCGUGAAUAUUACGCUUAGUAACUAAAGACAGUGAGUUUCGCCUAUAAUUGGCUAUGUCAUGGGGCCAUUUAUUUGAGUAGAUAAAUCUUGAGCCUUUUUCAUAUGUGUGUAAAGGAUCUUACCGCUACAAAAGAGUCGCUAAAGAAUAACUAAACGGCCAAGGAAUGUCGUAUUACUGACGUAAAUGUAGCAUGUCUGACGAUAACUUCGUUUAGCUCUGCAUCAAAACAUAUAAGGAUGUGCUCUGUUUGUAUUAAGGUUAAAAAUAACAGAAAACCA